AUAACCAAAACCUUUGUCUCUUGCCUCUUGGCUUCACAUCAUUUUUACUUGUCAAUGACAGUCUGUCAUUGUGGUUUAGAAUUUGUUGGUAGUAUUAUUAACUCUCCAUCGUCCACAAUUCGUACCACAGCUGAUUGACCCUCUCUACUUAUAUGUUUUCAAAAUUGCACAGAAAAAUAUGGAAUACGAAGACGAAGAUUAUCCAAUGCGACAAGCUCUACAGAAUCCAGUCAUACUCCAGCAAAUAUUUAAAAAUGGAUCGGGUUCUUUAAGAAACCUACGACUUGUUUGCCAUUUAUGGAAUGAAAUCGCAGUCUCCCUUCCCCAACCAAUUUUGCGCCUUGGGCUUUACAAACGACCGUACCCGUGGCAUUCAGAUUCAUCAGGGAAAGUCGAUUGUUGCAGUGGAACCCCAUUUCAAUUAUUCUGUUUAAAAAUGGAACCGAAAUUAGCACGUCGGAUAAUAGAAUACGGAUGCAAAAAUCAAGAUAAACACCCACCUCUUUUACGAAUUGCUGGCGCCUCAUCCAGACUGCUCCAUAUUUGCGAUAAGUUCAGUCAAUACGUGGAAGACUUGACAAUAACAUUCGCCAAUGAAGACUUGAUCUCAACGCUUUACGAAACUGUAGAAAACCGUUGCCCAAAUUUGAAAAGACUGGAAAUCUGCUUGCAAACGGAUGAAAUGAAUAAUUUCGACGAUAAAAUUAUUUAUUCCGCGUCACAAUUUGCCAUCUCUUGGCCAAAACUGACCUCAGUUAAAAUACUGGACAUGACUGGACAAGCUCGUUUCCUCCAGAUGACACAAUGCAUCCUCUAUUCGACCCCAAACUUGAAAUACUUUUGCUAUCAUGGCAAAAAGUAUCCGGAUCUCAGCCAGAAUUUAAAUGUAAAACGGAUUAAGGUCGACUUACGUAAAAUGAGAGCGAGUGAAAUCCCCUGUUGUAAUGGUCCCCACGGAUUAAACAAAAUGCUGGAUCAAGUAAAAGAUCGCCUUCAAGUUUUAUGCGUUCAAAAUGACAUGUUUGAUGAUGAUCUCUACAACGAUUCCAGUGACGAUGACAUGGAUGAUGAUCCCAUAAAGACAGAAGCUGGCAGAAUUGCUUUCAAAAUCCCGAAAAUGAAGAAUCUUAAAGAAUUUAGAAAUGAAAGGUUGGACGCUUUUAGUUGUGGGGCUAAUUUGCAAGAUAUUUGCGCAGCGAGGCUCCCAGCUUUGGAGACUUUAGAAAUUUCAAAAUUACAUCACUGUGAGUUGGACGAUUUACUACGAAAUAUUAUACAGAAAAAGGGCUACUUUAGUGGGGUGAAAGUUCUGCAUCUUUCAUGUGUCCGCGAUCCCGAAUUAAUUAUACGAUUAAAGACACCAUUCCCAAAUUUGGAAAACUUAACAAUUGUACAGUUCGGAAUUGAUGAAAAUGUGCCGUUUACCAACGUCGGAACAGUAUUAAGAUCGUGUAACUCACUCGGACUGAAAUCUUUGACACUGGAUGUUUCAAUUGAAGAUAUACAAUUGUCUAAUUUUAUUCAGUGUUUUUCAAAUUGCGAGAAAUUGUUGAUAAGCGGUCUCAAAACUUUGGAAAUAAUUGAAAAUGGAGUCGAUGAUGAUUUAGACAUGUUAGUUGAUGGAGUCGCACAAAUGAAGCAAAUCCUUUUGCAAAUGAAUUCAUUCGAAAAUACAAUUAUUCGGGGGAUUCAAUUCAAAGAAGCUACAUGGAAAUGGGUUGAAGCCUUCAUUCAAGAAAACAAAAUCCCAGUUAUUUUUCAUUGUUAAUCUAUAUAUUAGCCAUUCAUGGAAAUAUAAAACUCAAACUUAGCAGUUAUUAUUAGUAUAAAUUGUAUAUCAAAGAUGAAUAAGUUUGGAAAAUGUAAGUUUACAUUAGCAUUUGUAAUCUUCAUAAUAAAAAUUUAUUUUGUGAGGUU